UGGCCUGCAGUAAUGGCCGCCGCUGCGUGCAGUUCCCCCGGAGUGACGGCUCCCGGGACCCGCAGAAAGCGAGGCGGUGACUCCCGGCGGAGGCAGGCCGCCCUCUUCUUCCUCAAUAACAUCUCCCUGGACGGCAGCCCCCGCUACCCGGCCCUGCAGCCCCCCGACACCCCGCUUCCUGUAUGGGAACCCGGCCCGGGCCUCCUACAGCCACCCACCGGCCCCCAGGGACAGCCUCGGGACAGAAAGAGCCAGUUCAGCGGACCACAUGAACUAAUAAUAGAGGACUUCUCCGAGUGUGUUUCAAGUCAGAGGUCCAAACUUGCUCCUGAGUCUCCAAGACUCUCUGUUUUGAGGAAAGUUCAUUUCAUUAAAAGCAUGCGCCACUAUGACAUCCAAAAUAGCAGAAUAAUUCUCAUCUGUGCAAGAAGGUCCCUAUGUGCAGCAUUUUCUGUCCUUCCCUAUGGAGAAAGCAUACAUACCAGUGAUCUACGUGUUGACGUAACCAAGCAGCGACAUGCUUCAGGUGGUGUGUCAUCCUCCAGCGAUGCUGUGUUCGGAAUAGAAGGGGUGGAGCUGGGUGCGGAGGGACAGGUAGUUUCAUAUGCAAAAUUUCUGUACCCAACAAAUGCCCUAGUCAGCCAAAAAAGUGAAGGACAGGCACCCAUACUACGAAACAGCUCUCAUGAGCCCGCCAAACGGAAUUUUUCCACAGCUAGAUUUACCACAGUUGCUUCUGGAACAGAACUCGGUACAGAAGCGGGAGAAGAUGUAGAAUAUAACCCAAAUAUUCUUGAUGACCCUCAGUGGACCUGUGGAAAACACAAACGUGUUCUCAUCUUUGCUUCAUAUAUGACCACAGUGAUUGAGUAUGUGAAGCCAUCCGACAUGAAAAAGGAUAUGAAUGAAACCUUCAAAGAGAAAUUUCCUCAUGUGAAGCUGACAUUGAGCAAAAUCAGGAGCUUAAAACGUGAGAUGAGAAACAUGGCAGCGGAGUGUAAUCUGGAACCUGUUACUGUGGCAAUGUCCUAUGUCUACUUUGAGAAGCUGGUCUUGCAGGGCAAGGUAAACAAACAGAACCGAAAACUGUGUGCUGGAGCUUGUGUCCUGCUGGCUGCCAAGAUAAGCAGCGACUUCAAGAAACCAGAGCUGAAACAUCUAUUGGAUAAAUUAGAAGAGCGCUUCCGAACCAACAGACUGGACCUGGUUGGGUUUGAGUUGACUGUUCUUGUUGCCAUGGAGCUGGCCCUCUACCUUCCCGAGGCCCAAGUAUUACCUCACUUCCGGCGCUUGACCAAGCAGAUGUAACAUGAAUAUCACAAUGUGAUGAUAAUUAUUUAUUUAUUAUUUUUAUUUGUGCCCUGUGGACAUGUGCACUCAUCAGACUCACACCACUGAUCUUUAACUCUUUUGGAUUGUUCUUCUAACAGUGGAAAAGUUGUCUUUUUGGUGCCCUCUCUGUCACUAGCAAGAAAAACAAUGUGAACGCUCUGAUCCCGGGGCGUUGCAAGGCCAGUGUGUACAAAGUCCGUUCCGUAAUACCACAGUGGUAACAAUAACCGUGGGUAUUACAGUGUAUUAUUUAAACCAAUGGUGUCAGUCUCUAUGGAACAUUACUGUAUACAUAUUUCUACAGUAUUUCUUCAUCCCUCUAAUGUAUCCUCUAGAAAAGUGCAUCUCUUUCAUAGAUGUUGGGAUAAAAAGCACAUUUAACACUUUCAGUGCCUUUUGUAAUGUAUUACAAAUCACUCUGGCAUUGAAGAUGUUAACAAGUCAUGGCUUGAAUUGCCACGGCAGUGUCUUUAAAGUGUCAUCAUCAGAUAUAUUCUUUGCACUUUCGUAGCACUUUAAAGCUGCACAUUGAUUGCAUUGAUCAUAUUUAAAUUUGU